UGGCGAUGGCUCUGAUCGGAGUUCUGGGUCUCCUCAUCAUUGUCGUCACAGUGCUCGCCAUCAUGUUGGUCAAACUCAGUUUUACGAAGAAAGUUCCAGUUCGCCGACAGAAGCCAUCAGAAAGAACCAUAAGCAAUCCGAAAAGCCAAAACAGCACACAGCCAACCAUUUCUGUGAAUUCCACUACCCAGGAAAACAGAGAGCCGGUGUUGUCUGCUCUGUAUGCCGAGGCUGAGACGCCUCUCACAAAAGAAAGACGGACAACAGACGACCCUUCCCAACAUUAUGCAGAGGCGGGUUCCGCGGAUCAUUAUUCCGAAACACAAGCGUUUUCAGUGAAAGAUGAACCGAAACAACAAAUGGGAGUUAAACGAGGCGGGAAAUACGGCUACUCUACCGUAAACAAAACUCCGAAAAAGAAAACCACAGAUCAGGUGAACAAAUCUACUACCCUGCCUCGCCAUUUGCCAAAUGACAAUGUGUAUAUGCCUUUAACUGAGGGAGAAUACGAUCAUCUAAAUAAACCAAGGGCUAAACAUCCGACCCCGAUGGGAAUUAAACUGAUACCGUACCAACAAGUAAGUUUGAGGAAAAAGAACAAAAGAUCAGAGAAACCCUAUGAUGUACCACCCAGUCAUAACAAAAUGAAUCCCAAGGAAACGUACGACGUCCCUCCAUCCCAAAGUCAAAAAUCAGCAGCUCUGGAAACAUACGAUGUCCCGAAAUCAAAUAGCCAAAUACACGACGCCCAGGAAACGUAUGACGUUCCGACAUCAAAGAGCCAAAUACACGACGCCCAGGAAACGUAUGACGUUCCGACAUCAAAGAGCCAAAUACACGACGCCCAGGAAACAUACGACGUCCCGGGAAGCAACGAGCCCCUGAAUGGCUAUGACGCGCCCAAACAAAACUCGGAUAUAACUUCACUAACUUACGAUGUACCAACUUCAUCUAGCCAGAGUGCCUUUCCAGGCCAAACCACCUACGACAGGCCGCCGAUGAUCCCGUCAGUUCUUCAGGGUAUGUACGACGUCCCGAAGUCUCAGAAAGACAACAAUGCCAGUCCCAAAUCUAGCCCUAAACUGUGAUACACAGUUAUAAUCUCAAUGUGAUUUAAUGCAUCCAGGAAAGUGUUCAUAAAACUAAGAAACCGCAGACAUUCGUUCACUGUUCUCAUCACAAUGUUCACUCUGAACUUUCUACUGACCUCAUUGAUAUGUUCAUGACCUUCAGUCCCUAAGAAGUAGGACAGUUCGCAUUAUCUUGUAUGCAUUAUCGUAAUAUCUCAUUAAUUUAUA